UAAAACAUUUAGAGUACUGAUGAUGACAAUAUAACGGUGUAUAAAGUUAAUUAUCAGAAUUGUUUAACAUCCGCCACCAGAUGUCUCUGCCCUGCACCGCCAACCAUGAAUACCACAAAGUUACUGAUGAACUUUUCUCCUCCGUGUGCAGUAAUCUGACACCAGACUAACCUAAAAAUCUGAGGGGUAGGAUGGCGUCCCAGCUUUAUUCGCAGAAAUAGUUCAAAUGCUUAAGAGACGGAGUAGGGGAAAGAAGGAAAAGGACAACAGGAUGUUUGAUUUACUGAAUCAAAGUUAACAUUUUACGUACUUUAAAAUUAUUGUUUUCCAAAUGAUAUCAAAACAAGAAGUUUCACUUUCAAGAGGCGCAUGGGUAACUACCGUUCUCGGCGGCUGCGUGUGAGGAGGAGAUGAUGAAGAAUUACAACAGCAGUCCCCGCCACAAAAGUCAGACCUCAAAUCAUAACAGAGAUCGAAAACACAAGAGCAACUGGCUUUCAGUGAUUUUAUUACGAUUUUCACUGCGUGAUUAUGGUUUCUGUAUGGCUACCCUGUUCCUGUUCUGUUUGGGCUCACUCUUCUAUCAGCUGAACGGAGGACCUCCUAAAAUUCUUCUGGACAUCCGGCAGUAUCUUGGAAAUUCCACUUUUCUAGAUGACCAUGGCCCACCAGUUCCAAGGGUCUUACCAUUCCCAAGCCAAGUAGUGUAUAAUCGAGUUGGGAAGUGUGGCAGUCGCACUGUAGUCCUGCUGUUGCGCAUUCUGUCAGAGAGACACCAGUUUAAUUUGGUCUCCUCUGACAUCCAUAACAAAACCAGGCUGACCAAGCAUGAACAGGUGGACUUGAUAAAAAAUAUCAGUAGUAUUCCUCAGCCAUUCUUGUUCACUCGUCAUGUACACUUUCUCAACUUCAGAAGGUUUAGAAUGGAACAGCCUGUGUACAUCAAUAUAAUUAGGGAUCCCAUAAAUAGAUUUCUGUCAAAUUACUUUUUCCGUCGUUUUGGUGACUGGAGAGGAGAACAGAACCACAUGAUCCGAACUCCAGGCAUGAAGGAUGAGGAGAGGUAUCUAGACAUAAAUGUGUGCAUUCUUGAGAACUACCCUGAGUGCUCCAACCCCCGGCUGUUCUACAUCAUCCCUUAUUUCUGUGGUCAGCACCCAAAGUGCAGGGAGCCAGGUGUUUGGGCCUUGGAGAGAGCAAAGCAGAAUGCAGUGGAAAACUUCCUCCUGGUGGGAAUUCUGGAAGAGCUUGAAGAUGUACUCCUUAUACUGGAGCGCCUCUUACCUCAUUUCUUCAGUGAUGUGCUCAACAUCUACAAAAGUCCAGGCUAUAGAAAGUUGGGGAAUAUGACUGGCACUGUGAGAAAGCAAACACCAUCACUGGAAGCCCUGCAGGUGCUUUACCACCGUAUGAAAUAUGAAUAUGACUUUUAUAACUUCAUCAGGGAUCAGUUCCACUUAAUGAAAAGGAAAAUUGGGCUCAAAUCACAGUUUUCCCUGACUCAUACCCCCAACUUCCUUUUGAGUUCGCAGUUGAAGACACAUCAGCCCGUGGAAGAACGUGAAGAGGAGAUGGAAGAGGAUGCCCACAGCUGGCUGGUGCAGCCUUGAACAAAGCUGUGGUUAGAGCCCAGGAGCCCAACCCUUAACAUCACAUUCCCAGGAGUUGGGAGUGUGAAAGAUGACAUAUGUCCGUGUUUUUAUGGCCAUUGUGUUUUAUUGGGUGGAUGAGAGGUCACAAGGUUGUACAAGCUCCAAAAGCACAUUAUCCUCAUCAUUACUUUUUAAAUUAUAUUUUAUAGUUUAAUAAUUGAAAAAGAACUGGCUCAAUUUUAAGAGGCAGUCUUAUUAUUAUUGAUGUCUCCAGGCGAGAUGUGGAGGAUUUGCACCUUUUGAAAGUGGUUAAAAAUUAACCUUAUUAAAAAAAACUUUUUCCUUCUUUAAAAAGCCAAAGGGGGAAACCAUCUGAAGUGGUAUGUAUGUAGUAGUAUGGUUCCAAAAUUUGAGUUUCAGUCAGGGGGUUCCAGGUACUCUCUAGUUCUAACCUUGUAGUUUGUAACCUGCAUUGGGACUGAGGAAAUUAGAAAAUACUGUAAGAGCUAAACAUGGUCUGAAGAUAUGAUGUCCAGUAUUUUUUUUUAAUCGGAAAAGAGAAUGACUAAAUAGUAUUUCACAGUUAUGUAGCAGAUUUUAUAUAAAUUAAUAGAUUUUUUUAUUAUAAUAAUUUAAAUUUAGCUCUUUCCUUUGUGUGGAUUGAAAAAUUGAACUACACAAUCUGCUUAUUUUGAAUUAUUGCAUUACUUUUUGGGUUCUGUUAAGUUUUUAAUUGAACUUUAGCAGAGUAGUAAGAAAGGUUUAUGGAACAGAAUGUGAAUGACGGUUUUUUUUUUAAGUGAGACUUGAAAGUGAGUUUAAUCCUUUAAUCCUCAUUGGAUUCACAUGAAUGAAAUAUAACAGAUUUCCUGGUACUGUUCCUAUAUUCCUGUUAUUCCCCAGUGAUUAUGUAGAGUUUAUCAUAUGGGAGAAAACUAAUUGUCCAGCAACAUAUGCCUAAAUAAUACUGUGAUAGACUGCACAAAGUGAACAGAGGAUGCGGAUGCAGCUAUAAAUGCUGCAAUUCAGUAGAAACGUUUUCAGUAAAUUCUUAGUCUGGUAACAGGUUACUGUGAGCCAGGGCAAUGAGCAUAAGCCAGGGUACACCCUGGAGGAGACACCAGUCUAUCACAUACAUGACAUUCCUGGAGGGAACAAGUCAUAGGUUUAUUCCAUGCAAAGAGAAGAGAUAAAACAAAACAUUUCAGAUGUGACACCUUCUUCAGGUAUCCUGGAGUGAGACACCCAGAGAUAUAGUAUAUGGCUUUUAGGUCACAAUUAUGAAAGCAUGGUAGACAUUUCACAAAACUCUGCUAUAAGCUAAAACUCUACUAUCAGCUGCUUGAGAAAAGCAAGCUACAAAAUCCUUUAGUGAAGAACCAGGAGAAAAAUCAGAUUUAUUUUUCCAGAUUCAUACACUUCAGUUAAAAAGAAAUGGAAAGUUGCAGUUUUUUUUUUAUACAGCUUUUUAGGAAACCUUUGACAUCAGUUUACAAUUCAAUAUAGAUUUCAAACUUAAUUUUUGUAAAUGCAUGUAAGCUGAAAGUUGAAUACAGUGCAUAACUAUCAAAGGAAAAUUCUGCUUUAUUUAAGGUCUUUCAAAGGAUUUUAUGAAAAUGUUUCAUACCACCAUUUGUCAGGGUCUCUUAUGACCUUGACAUUCCAAGUAUAAUAUUAUAUGCCAAAAGUAGUAGAAAUUUGUUAUAUAAUUAGCAUUUAAAGAUGCUGGCACAUAAUGUUAAUGGUUACAUAAUAUUAUGUGCCACGAAUACACAGUUUAAUAUAUAGCUUUUUAUAUUUAAAAAUAUUCUGAAUCUGUUGACUUUUAAUUUAAUUUAUUAUAGGUAUUCCUUACAUUUCAGAUUUAAAAUUCUCAGGAAAUAAGGAUUUUGGGGGUCAAAUUCUUCAGCAUUUAUCAGACAUUUUGUAUUAAAACCUAGAUAUAAACGUUUGGACUUCUAAAUACCUUCAAAAUAACAGGUGUAAGCUGCUUAAUCCCUCAUAAAACAAGGAAACAACAUGCAAUACUGCGAAGAGAGCUGUUAAAUAAAAUGAAUAUUUUGUUUU